CCCGGCGUCCAUUUCAGUAAGGAUCCUCAAUACCAUUUAUGUAUACAGUGAUUCAGCUCGUCUGUUUUUAAGACACAGCAGAUGCCAAAUAUUGUACCAUCCUACGCAGAACACUUUGAUCCGUCCGCACUUCCCGCAACUUCUCCGCCUGCAUCAAAAGUACGAUCAGACCUGACGAGUGCGCCAUUACGUCAUCCCCUGCCCAGCGCGAGCGCUCCGUCGAAACGUUACUGUCCCGUCAACCUACGCCCCUGCAGUCAUGCCACUGUCAGACGUGCGAUACUGUGACUUUCACAGUCAAACCUCUUAAAAAAAGAGGACCUUUUUUCAUUAUCAUCAUCUCGGCGUUUAAGUAAAUGCGAUAAACGGCAGCACUUCCGCGAGGAUCUUUUCGCUGGUGUAUGUAUGGGAGUGAAGUGAACCGGGGAGUGCGAGGAGAGAAAGAGGAGGUCUGAUUAAUCUAGAGGCACUCGGUGGGAGGAGCCAUGACUGAGGGGGAGGGGCAGUUCUACAGCGUGCAGGUGGGCGACUCCACCUUUACGGUGCUCAGGAGGUACCAGCAGCUCCGUGCCAUCGGAUCUGGUGCUCAGGGUAUCGUCUGUUCGGCUCUGGACACCGCACUUGGCAUCCCUGUUGCCGUGAAGAAACUGAGCCGGCCGUUUCAGAACCAGACCCAUGCAAAACGGGCCUACAGAGAGAUGGUUCUGCUGAAGUGUGUUAAUCACAAGAACAUUAUCCAUUUGCUGAACGUCUUCACCCCUCAAAAGUCACUGGAAGAAUUCCAGGAUUUGUACUUGGUGAUGGAGCUGAUGGACGCUAGCCUUUGUCAGGUCAUCCAUAUGGACCUGGACCAUGAGAGGAUGUCCUAUCUGCUCUACCAGAUUCUGUGUGGCAUUAGACAUCUACACUCUGCUGGUAUUAUUCACAGGGACCUGAAACCCAGUAAUAUAGUAGUGAAGUCCGAUUGCACUUUAAAGAUCUUAGACUUUGGUCUGGCCAGAACCGCCUGCACUAACUUCAUGAUGACCCCCUAUGUAGUGACCAGAUACUACAGAGCACCAGAGGUCAUCCUGGGCAUGAAGUACAAAGAGAAUGUGGAUAUCUGGUCGGUGGGCUGCAUCAUGGGUGAGAUGGUCAAAGGGAGCGUCAUUUUUCAGGGCACUGAUCACAUUGACCAGUGGAAUAAGGUCAUUGAAAUACUAGGAACUCCUUCUCUAGAGUUUAUGAAUCGUUUGAUGGAGACUGUCAGGAACUAUGUGAUGAACAAACCUCAAUUUCCUGGAGUCUGUUUUAAUGAGCUGUUUCCCGACUGGGCGUUUCCUUCAGAGACAGAGCAUGACAAGAUCAAGACUAGUCAAGCACGGGACCUGCUGUUCAAGAUGCUGGUGAUUGACCCUGAGAGCCGUAUCUCCGUACAGGAGGCCCUCAAUCACCCCUACAUCCAUGUGUGGUACGACCCAGCCGAGGCUGAUGCGCCUCCUCCACAGAUAUCAGACAAGCAGUUAGAAGAGAGAGAGCACAGUAUUGAGCAAUGGAAAGAGCUGAUUUAUAAAGAAGUGAUGGACUGGGAGGAGAUGAACAAGAAUGGAGUGUUGAAAGACGAGUGCUUAGUAGACGGUACAGUGAACAGCAGCGCCACGGCCUCCCAGUCCUCCUCCAUCAAUGACAUCUCAUCGAUGUCAACAGAACAGACGCUGGCCUCAGACACGGACAGCUCCUGCAUCGACACUCUCGCAGGAGCGCUAGAGGAGUGACAGCAGGACCCAGCUUCCACCUCCAUCACUUUCACAUACAUCACAAAUCCUCUCUCUCGUGUGUGGGCCGUGCCGUGGUCUUGACUGAAGAGAACUGUGGGUGCAUGUUCAAGUGGCUUCAAGUUUACACUCCUUAUCGUUCACUCCUGCUUUUAAUAGGGCUUGUGUGCCACUGUAAUUCUGUACCACCUCACACAAAGAACACAGCCGUUGUUAGCGUUUAGACAUGUCUGCUAUGGCUUAAGCUUUAAAUGCAGACCACUGAUAACUUGCCUCCAGUACUUUUACAUGUAACCCCAUCUGUACAUUUUUCUUUUAGUUUUUUAAAGAAUGAACCGAUAGGAGUUGAUAAGUAAAUGCGUUAACAUUUCACUUGCCUUCAUAUGGCAUAUUUAGUGUCGCAACCUGUUUAAGCAGUGUGCAUUAGAGAGAUCUAUCUUUUAGUCAUUAAUGUUCUGUCUCCAUCGCCCUUUCUCUCGCUCUCUGAUGUAGCUUUUAUUGCCUUUCAUUUCAUCACCUAACAGAAGCACAGAUAUAAAUUCACGGACAACUUUAUAGCUAGUCCCUCUAGAACAACUUCCUGUUACAAGUAUUGCUGCAUGUUAUUAACAAAGAACACUUACUAGAAAGAGGGCGAGACUACAGAUCCCUGACAUAUGCCACACACACACCUAAAAACAGAAUAGUGGCAUCUGCUUCUGUACAGUUACUGCUUCAGACAACCCGAUCCUGCAUUUCAGAUGGUUAGGGUGUGGUUAUGUGUUUAUAUACGUACAUAGAUUUGGUGUGUGUUCUUAUUUUCUUUCUUGGUGCUGUUGAGACACAUUUUGCAAAUAUGCUUUUGCGUAUGCACUGUAAAGUAAGGAAAUUGAUUUUUUUUUAAAUUGCACAUAGAGGGUUAAGAUUUCAAUUUAAUUUCAAACGGACAAAUCUGAGUGAGCUGUAGAUGUGACGUCCUCAUCAAAGCUCCUCGUCAUUAUGAAAGUAAUUUAACCAUUGCCUUUUUAAUCUUCUCAAACUUGAAAAGCCCAUAAGAAUGUUGUACGAAGCAAAUUUAUCGUUUUUUAUUUCUUCGCUUUUCUCUUGUUAAAUAGUAAUGACAUGAAUUAUCGAGGACAUAUUUUUACAGUAGUUUUCUUAUUGUAUGCGUUUUUUCUACCUUUAGUUACUGUGUUUGGAGGCUUUCUGUUUAACAACAUAUUGUAGCUAACCAUGUGCAUCCAGGCAGUAUAGCAGGCCCAUAUAGAAUCUGUGCAAAUUCUGCAUAGUAGAAAAGAAUGGUAAAUUUCUUUGCUCUGUUGAACACAAAAGAAGAUAUUUUAGACACACUUUUAAUUAACAUUGUAAUUUGUCCUACUAUGGUAGUCUCUGGUGGCAAAAAAACAAGCAUUCUUCCAAAUAUCUUUCUCUGUGUUCAUCAGAACAAAGACAUUUAUACAGAUUAGGAACAACUCGAGGGUGAGUAAAUGAUGACAGAAUUUUCCUUUUUGGGUGAACCUUAAAUUGCUUUAGAUUAAAGCGUCUGCCAAAUGCGUAAAUGUAAGUCUGUGGUAAACUGUGAUUUAAAUCUCCAUUUAACACACUUGGAGACAUUCAUGUUUAAAUGUAUUUUACAGAAUUGCCACUUAAAAUUGACAAAAAAACCUGAUUUUUGAUUCUGUCUGGGCCUGACAUAGUCUCACAGUAACAUGACUACCUUACAAAACCAACAACUCUACCAUCAAAAGGAGUCUUUUAACAUUGAGAGGUAGUCACGUCACUGUCACAAAUAACAAUGUCAUCAAGCUUCCUGCCUCUAUUUUCAGUUCGUCCAGUGUCAUUUCAAAUGUUGCUUGUUUCUACCUGUACAGUAUAUAUCAUUGUCAUGCCACAAGACUUGUUCAUUCCAUAUAGUCCUGAAGACUCAGAAACCCGUCAUCCUCUGGCUUUAGAUGAUAGCAGAGGACGAUGCGAGUGUGUUUUUGAGUGUGCCUCCAAGCUCUGUUGAUGGACUGAAUCAGAAAGACUGGUCCUACAUGGACAGGACAGGUGGAUAUGCAUCACCAUCACAUCCAUGCCUUAAUCUUCUCACUAACACCGCUGCAGCUUUGCCAGAAAAUCAAAACAAAUGAUGGUAAUGCACCUACAAUCAAGUUUUGGUUUUCCUCAUGGCUGGAUUGUAUGCUAACACGGCACGUCUUUAGUUCUCUUUAUAGGGAUUUCUAUUAAAGACUAUUAAGAUACGUACCAUUUUUCAAUCUCCAGCUUUUGGGGUCUCAUUUGGUGCUUCACCAUACUCACAGUGAUAUGUAUUAUAAUAAUGCAAUAGUGCAUUGUGUUUCUAUCAUUUCCACUCGUGUUGGGAACUCACUAUGAACACCAGUGAUUGACCUCUCUGGCAUCGAGACACGAGACAAUGAACAAAGCUGGCUCACGCUUUCUCAAGGGCUUACUUUCUCUUCUGUCAGUAUCCGUUUCCUUUGGAGGUGAGAGAGUGUGUCUGUGAUAAACAAUGUGUUUGUCACCGACAAUCCUUUACAAGAGGUGAAUUACUAAUGACUUGAAUAAUCACUUUAUAGGCCUUCAUUUACUUCCAACGUUCUCAUUUUCCUAAGAAAACAGUUUUCAUGACAUCAUUGAAAUCCUGUAAAAGGAACAGUUAUCUGCUCUGUGCUAGUAAUGUCUGUUUAGCUUUCACGUGUUUUGUAUUGUUGUGCUACAUAUGGUACCCUGUUAUUGGGUUAUAGAGCAACCAAAUCACAAACCCAUCUGAAACAUAUGCAAAAUCUGUCAAGAGUAAUAGAGAUUCUUUUCUCUGUAAAAGAAAUAGAAGUUAACCUCUGUGACAACUGGCCAAAUAAAAUGCUCAAAUUAAAGCAUU